GGUCAAAUUGGUGGUCAGCUGUCGUCUGUCCUGACGAUUUCUGAUUUAGUUAUUCCAUAAAUUUAUUUUUAUGAGUGAGCAGUGUUUAGUUAAUCCGUUUUGUGAGUGCAGUAACGUGAGCCGUAUAAGAAGAAGUGGAAAUAUCGUAAUACUAAUCAUUUAAAAAAAAACGGCCAAAAUGUGUCCAAUUUGGCCGCUCCACCUCAUCAUACUAUACCUGCUGGCGCUGUGUCCGCUAUGGGUGAUCGUACAGGCUGUCCCCGAGCUGACGGCGUCCUUCGACCCUGAACAAAUCACCGUCAACAUGGAUGAAUAUCAUUUAGUCAAUGUAGCUGUAGAAGGUCCAAUGCAACUAGGCGAUGAAUUCUCAUUGGUAGCUGAGAAUCCGCACUUGACAUUACCAGAAUGGAAUACUACAUAUCACUUGACAGAAGAUAAUAUAGCUAGCAGCAAGUUUGAAAGUGUUAUAAAAGUCAACGGGAAAUUUCUUGGUCUCACAAACGUGUUGCUGGAGGGGAGGCGUGGCUCCGAGCCGCUCACCAUCAACAACAACAAGCUACCGGUCGUCGUCAUAAGGCCAGAGAGAGUCAUCGAUACUAUAUUCGUAACAUCUAUAGCUACUUUUGUAUCACUGAUCUUCAUAAACUUCGGUUGUGCGAUGGACUGGCCCACUGUGAAAGAGACAAUCAAAAGACCAGUGGGACCAAUCAUAGGAAUGGUUGGACAAUUUAUUUUCAUGCCUCUUAUGACAUUCGGUCUGGGCUACGUGAUAUUCCCGAACAACGCCGAGAUGCGGCUGGGCAUGUUCUUCACGGGCGUGGCGCCGGGCGGCGGCGCCUCCAACAUCUGGACCUUCAUCCUCGGAGGGAACCUUAAUCUGUCGCUCGCUAUGACUACAUUAUCAACUAUCGCUGCUUUUGGUUUCAUGCCGCUAUGGCUAUUCAGUCUGGGUCAAGUAGUGUUCGCUAACGCUCAGAUCGUAGUCCCUUACACAAGGAUCGCAACCUUCGUGGUGGGUCUGAUCGUCCCACUGGCCAUAGGGCUGGCCAUGCAACGCUUCACGCCCAAGAUAGCGGCCUUCAUGGUCCGAAUCUUAAAGGGUUUCUCUACAACCCUACUUCUAUUCAUCAUCGUAUUCGCUAUUGUCACCAAUAUAUACAUCUUCGAGUUGUUCAAUUGGCAGAUAAUAGUAGCGGGCAUGGGUAUCCCGUGGCUGGGCUACUGCGCGGGCUACGCGUUGGCGCGCGCGUGUCGCCAGCCGCACGCGGACGCGCUGGCCGUGUCCAUCGAGACCGGCAUACAGAACACCGGCAUCGCCAUCUUCCUGCUGCGGUACUCGCUCGGACAGCCGCUAGCUGACCUUACCACUGUGGUGCCCGUAUCGGCCGCCAUUAUGACGCCGAUACCUAUGACCUGUAUCUACAUUUACCAGAAAAUUAAAGCUUGCUUUAUCAACCGACGAAAGCACAAGAAAAUGCUGGAAGAAGACGUCACCCCAAGCGGAGAGUCGCCGCAGCCCGCAAUCGUCUCAACCGCUGAUCUAUACGGAAGGACUGCCAAAGGUCUAGAGGCCGGCGGACACGACGCGCCCGACGCCAAGUGAUACGUAUUACAAGAUUACUUUAUUUAUUGUUGGAUUUGUUAAGUUUUUUUAAUGAUGAAAUAUGUUUUCUGUAAUCGGGGAUGUUGACCGUUUUUGAUAGGGGAUAAUUUACUGCAAUGUUAAAUCACCAGAGUGCAACACUAGCACAUACAGUAAUGGCGGUUUGGAGUAAUAUAGGCCGCUGAUCAGACACUUUUAAAUGACGUAGGAUGCCAUAAUGUAUAGUUAUUUACAAAGGUAAUGAAAAUGCUAAUAUAGCUUGACAGAAUAGUGAAUACUACAUACUUUACAUUUAAAUAUUUCGGUACGAUAGACAUACGAGAUUGUGAAAUAUGGCGAUUUGUUUACUGUAAGUGCUUGUGGCGACCUCUGCGCCGAGCUUUUCGUAAUGUCGCGUAUUAAACUGGCUGUUUUGUUUGUAUCGGUUAGUGACGUCAUAUGAUAUUUAAAAAUCGUUACAAGUAUUUGAAUACGUAAAUAAGAGUCUAAUAUGUUGAAAUGAAAUUAUUUAUUAUGCAAAAUGGGAUUAUGAAACCUUUUAGAGGAUGUGAAAAUGCAGUCAACGUCCCUUUCAUUAAAUGAUAUUAUAAUUGGUAUAUGUUAUUCAAUAUUAAUAUGUUGUUUUAAGGAAUGAUAGACAAUAAAGUGAUUAAAUUAGAUAUGGAGACAGAAAUUUGAAAACCAAUGGUAAACUCAGUUUGAUAAAGCUCGGUAAUAAUACAAAACAAUGUACGAAUCUUUAUAAAGACACCUUAUAGAAUAAUAAGUAAUAUUAUAUUUUAAUAAACUUUUAUUAAAAUAAUGUUACCAGUGAAGCAAUUGUGUAAACAUAUCUUGCCAUAUACAAAUAAUAAGAGAUCUUGUAAUACGUAUUUUUGGUAGAAUUUUGAAAUCUACUAUACUUGUAGUUUUUGUCCGUGGGUAACACAACGGGGCGCAGCUAGUAUUCUUAUAUAUCUUGAAACUUGUUAUUAAUUUUGGGUGCUUUUAUCCACUGUAACUGUUUUUUGAAAAUUAUGAAGCAUUGUUAUGCAUUUUGAGAAGAACUUUUAAAUUUAAUAUUUAUUUGAUUGUAUGGGCCUUCAUAUGUUUUGGCGCCAUACAUUAAUUGGUUAAAGAAGUGGCACACAUUGUUGACUUUUUUUAUAAAAAAAUAGUUGAACAUGAAGAACAAAUAAAUUGAUGUAUUUCUAAAGUAAAUAAUGUGUGCCUAUCUUUAAUAACUUACACAUAAAGAUUGGAUUUCACCUAUAAAAUUGUACGUAACUCAAAGCUUUUAUUUUAUGAUUUUAAUUUCUGCAAUAUUAUCUAUCACCUUGGUUAAGGCGUACUUUGCAUUAUACCGCUUGAAUAUUCAAUGUUGCCAGAUUAAAAAAACUAGAGUAGUAAUUUUGAACCUUGAUCUGGAUUGAAUCUGAUUUGUCUUACUACUACUGCCAUUAAAAGCAUUUUAAACAAUUUGCAUUUGUGUUAACGAAAGCACAUAAAUGGUACAAGAUUCUGGCAACAUUUUAGUAGAAGUGUUUGUGACUUAUUAGUUUGGUAAUGCAUAAAUAUUUUCUUAUUUUUUUGCUUUUUUUAUAACAUGUAAGGUCUCCAUUGGUUUAUGGUGAUUCACAACUCGUUUAUAGGUGAAACAGAUGUGAUGUAAGAAUGAAAUGUUUGUUUUGAGAACAGUAUUGCGUUAAGUUAUAUGAGAUCGAUAUUGUAUUAAGAAUCUAAUACAAACGUUUUCCAUGAAGA